AUGAGCAAUGAGAUGAAAGAUUUGAAGAAGCAGCAACGACAGGUCCAGAACACAUUCGACGCUGUGCAGCAGUUUAUACGGAAGUUUAAACCAGAGAAGCAUCAGUUGCAAAUCCAAGUUAGACUGGAAAUGUUGGAGUCAGCCAUGAAGAAAUUCUACGCCGUGAGAAGAAAAUCAACCCUACAGAGUCUACAGUCCGAUUUACAAACGUCAUCAUCCUCCUCUUCGAAGAUACAACCGUCGGAUCAAUCGUGUGUGCAAUCACGUGUCAAACUUCCAGAAAUACGACUGCCAAGCUUUGGAGGCAAGACACGAGAUUGGGUUACAUUCCGAGAUAUGUUUAGAAGCCUCAUCCAUCGGAACGAACAGCUUACCGAAAUGGAUAAGUUCACGUAUCUUCGGUCAUCCCUCACAGGUGAAGCGCUCCAAGAGGUAAAUUCCAUAGAAAUGUCAGCGGUCAAUUAUACAGUUGCGUGGGAAGUGUUGGAAACCCGGUACGAAAACAAGAAGCUUAUCGUCAAGGCUCACCUAGAUGCACUAUUUGCAGAGGAACCAAUGAAGAGGGAGAAUUACGAAGCAUUGAAUCAUCUUCUCAGCGAAUACGAUCGAAACUUACAAAUGCUGGAAAAGAUUGGUGAAGCUCCAUCUAACUGA